AUGGGGGUUCCGCAAGAUACGCUCCUCCGCUCAGCGGACAUGAGCCUGACCCAGCUAUAUAUCGCAAACGAAAUCGGCCGUGAGGUUGUCAGUGCUUUGGGAGAAAUUGGGCAGGUUCAGUUCCGUGAUUUAAACCCUGAUACCACUGCCUUCCAGCGGACAUUUACCAACGAGAUCCGGAGACUUGAUAAUGUCGACAGGCAACUGCGAUACUUCCACUCGCAGCUGGAGAAAGCGGGAAUUCCGAUGAGAUCGUCCUCCGAAUUUUCCAACACUUUAGCAGCCCCAAUGGCAUCUGAAAUUGACGAACUGGCUGAUCGAAGUGAAAGUCUUGAACAAAGAGUCACUUCUCUGAAUGAGAACUAUGAAGCCUUGCAGAAACGAGAAAUUGAACUAGUUGAAUGGCGAUGGGUCUUGAGAGAGGCCGGUGGAUUUUUCGAUCGGGCCCACGGCCACACAGAAGAGAUCCGUCAAUCAUUUGAGAAUGAUGAGGCUCCUCUUCUGCGAGACGUUGAACAGCAACCCGCGAGAGGCCAGAACGGUGAUGCGGAGACUCAACAAGCUUUCUCAGUCAUGAAUAUUGGCUUUGUCGCUGGUGUUAUCCCGAGAGAUCGGAUUGCAGCGUUGGAGCGAAUUUUGUGGCGAACUCUACGUGGAAAUCUAUACAUGAACCAAUCGGAAAUCCCAGAGGCGAUUAUUGAUCCGUCCAAUAAUGAAAAAAUUCACAAGAAUGUCUUUGUGAUAUUCGCCCACGGAAAGGAAAUCAUUGCAAAGAUCAGGAAAAUUUCCGAAUCCCUUGGAGCCAACUUGUACAGCGUGGACGAAAACAGCGAACUCCGGCGAGACCAGAUCCACGAGGUUAAUACCCGAGUCGGCGAUGUGGGCAGUUUUCUGCGCAAUACGAAAAGCACCUUGGAUGCUGAAUUAACUCAGAUCGCACGUUCCCUUGCUGCUUGGAUGAUCAUCGUCAAGAAGGAGAAGGCAACCUAUCACACACUCAACAAAUUUUCUUAUGAUCAAGCCAGGAAGACGCUUAUUGCCGAAGCUUGGUGCCCUACUAAUUCUCUUCCACUUAUCAAGGCAACGCUGCAGGACGUGAAUGAUCGUGCUGGAUUAUCGGUGCCAACGAUUGUCAACCAGAUUAGAACCAAUAAAACUCCUCCUACCUAUAUCAAAACAAACCGAUUCACUGAAGGUUUCCAGGUUAUCAUCAACGCCUACGGAACGGCUAAAUAUGGAGAGGUUAACCCCGGCCUUCCGACGAUAAUCACGUUCCCUUUCCUCUUUGCGGUUAUGUUUGGUGAUUUCGGUCACGGAAUGCUUAUGACGAUGGUUGCCACAGGCAUGAUUCUGUUCGAAAGGAAGUUGCUGAAAACCAAGGUGGACGAGAUCACUGCUAUGGCUUUUUAUGGCCGAUACAUCAUGCUUAUGAUGGGCAUCUUCUCGAUGUAUCCCUUCGGUCUUGACUCGGCGUGGCAUGGAACCGAGAAUGAUCUACUCUUCGCCAACAGCUUCAAAAUGAAGUUGAGCGUCCUUCUCGGUUGGGCCCAUAUGACAUACUCUUUGUGUUUAUCUUACAUCAAUGGCCGACAUUUCAAGAGACCCAUCGAAAUUUGGGGUAACUUCGUCCCUGGAAUGAUUUUCUUCCAGUCUAUUUUUGGAUACCUCACUUUCACCAUUAUAUACAAAUGGUGCGUGGACUGGAAUGCUCGUGGACAAACCCCUCCCGGCAUACUAAACCUGCUCAUUUUCAUGUUCCUCAAACCCGGCACUGUUGAGGAAAAAUUAUAUCCGGGGCAAGGAGUCGUGCAAGUCAUUCUCCUCCUUGUUGCCGUUAUUCAGAUUCCAAUACUUUUGUUUCUGAAGCCGUUCUACCUUCGAUGGGAACAUAAUCGUACCCGCGCGCUUGGAUAUCGAGGCCUGGGAGAAACUGCCCGUGUGAGUGCUUUGGAUGGCGAGGAUAAUGGAGACAGUCAUAUUUUAGGUGACGGGCGAACCAGCAUAGGCAAUGAUGCGGAUGGUAUUGCCAUGAUCACCCAAGACAUAAGCGAGGAGGAGCAUGAGGAAUUUGAAUUCUCUGAGGCGAUGAUCCAUCAAAUCAUUCAUACGAUCGAGUUUUGCUUAAACUGCGUUUCACACACUGCAUCAUAUCUCCGAUUGUGGGCCCUGUCCCUUGCCCACCAGCAGCUUUCUGUGGUAUUAUGGACUAUGACGAUUGGUGGUGCUUUCUCCAUGGAAUCAAACGUCGCUAGAGUCAUCAUGAUCAUUGCCACCUUCUACAUGUGGUUCACUUUGACUUUUGCCAUUCUUUGCGUUAUGGAGGGCACUAGCGCAAUGCUGCAUUCCCUCAGGUUGCACUGGGUCGAAGCCAUGAGUAAGCAUUUCAUCGGUGAUGGAAUUCCCUUCCUCGCAUUUAGUUUCAAGACGCUCUUGGAAGAGGAGCCGGUGGAUUAG